CUCACAACAACUGAACUGAUGAUACUUUACUCUUACAAAAUCGAAAAAGUGAAAAACGGUAGAGCGGCAGCAGAAUAAGAAUUGAAAGAAAGAGAAGAAGUAGAAGUAGAAGGGAAGGAGUAGCAAUUGCAAAUUGCAAUUGCAUCGAAGAAGAGAAUGAGCGGUGGUCGAUUGUGCGCAUUGCUGGGAGAAUUGGGUUUGGAAUCAGGAGGAUCAUUAGACCCUGACAGCUUCGAAUGGCCUUUCCAAUACGAAGACACUCGACCCAUUCUCCACUGGAUCUGCUCCACUCUCCGUCCCUCCAAUAUCCUCUCUCACUCCGAACUCUCCCAGUUUGAGCAAUUCAAACAACAAGGAAACCUUCUUGAAGGACAAGAUUUGGACUUCGCUUUCGAUAGCAUUUCCGCCUUCUCCGACACCACCGACGAUCAAGAAGCCCUUUUUGGCCCUCUCAAUUUCAAGGACAUCAAGGAGGCCACUCAGGCUUAUAAAUCCGAAGCUGCCGAUUUGCAGAGACAGUUAAGCCAACUGCAGUCUCAGUUUGACAUGCUUUCUACCCAGGCCUCCAAUUUGACGCAAGGGAGACGAGCGCGUGUUGCUGCCACUUCUCUUGUCAAUGGUCACCUCACCGCCGUUGAUGAUAGCCUUUCCGUCAGGAAUUUGCAGAUGAAUGCAGUUCUUGGAAGAAUUACUUCUACAUCUCAGGAGUUGGCUCAUUACCAUUCAGGACAAGAAGAUGGUAUAUAUUUGGCAUACUCAGACUUCAAUCAAUUCUUACUUGGAGACUCAUCUUGUCUAAAAGAGCUUAAUCAGUGGUUUGCUAAGCAACUAGACACAGGUCCAUUCCGACUUGUUGCUGAGGAGGGGAAAUCUAAGUGCUCUUGGGUGAAUCUUGAUGACAUCUCAAAUACCUAUGUGAGAGAUUUAGAAAAAUCACAUCAUCAACGUGUGUCUGAGUUGCAACGACUUCGCUCAAUAUUUGGAAUAAGUGAAAGACAAUGGGUGGAAGCACAAGUUGAGAAUGCCAAACAGCAGGCUAUUUUAAUGACUCUUAAAUCACAAGUAUCAUCAGAUGAAGCUCACAUUCAUCUUGAUCAUCAUUCUCUUAGGAGAAAGCAUUCUGAAUUGAAAGGAGAACUUUCAAAUCUUUAUAACCAUGAAGAAAAGCUGCUAUCAGAGACUAUUCCAGAUUUGUGCUGGGAGCUAGCUCAACUACAAGACACUUACAUUUUACAAGGUGAUUAUGAUUUGAAGGUCAUGCGCCAAGAGUACUACAUCAACCGGCAAAAAGCAUUCAUAAACCAUCUCAUCAAUCUGCUUGCCAGGCACCAGUUCUUGAAGAUAGCCUGCCAACUGGAAAAGAAGCAGAUGCUUGGUGCAUAUUCCUUGCUUAAAGUUAUUGAGUCUGAGCUGCAAUCGUACUUGUCUGCAACUGAGGGACGGGUGGGUCGUUGCUUGGCCCUUAUCCAAGCUGCAUCUGAUGUUCAAGAACAAGGGGGAGUACAUGAUAAUGAUCAUUUUUUGCAUGCUAUUAGAGACCUACUAAAAAUUUAUUCAAAUACUCAAGCUACACUGUCGACAUAUGUAUCAGCACCUGGCAUUGUCCAGCAGAUAUCAACUCUUCAUUCAGACUUGAUGACCCUUCAAUCGGAUCUUGAGAAUUCCCUUCCAGAAGACAGAAAUAGGUGUAUUAAUGAACUGUGCACCCUUAUUCAAAGUCUACAACAACUACUCUUUGCAUCUUCAACAACAGCUCAGCCAAUACUGACCCCUCGGCCAUUGAUGAAAGAGCUUGAUGAAAUGGAGAAGAUUAACGCAAAACUCUCUGCUUCCGUGGAAGAGGUGACACUAGAGCAUGUCAAGAAAAAUGAGAUUGUGAAACAUCAUUCGCAGGAGAUUGGACUUCAAAGGAGAGUCUUUGUUGAUUUCUUUUGCAAUCCUGAGCGGCUGAGGAACCAAGUUAGGGAACUGACUGCGCGGGUCAGAGCGUUGCAGAUUUCAUAGCAAAAAGUAUAUUCUCUGAUUAUUUUAUCAUAAAGAAUAUACUUACCCCAUAUACUACAGUCAUGAUUUCAAAUUUUCCUCUGAGAAUCCAUUUGGCAUUGUUUCUAUGGAUGAUCAAAGUUAAUUCUGCUGAUUGGAUGGCUGCAAAAAGUGACAAAAUGGCUGUGCUAGAGUAUUGAAAUGAAUUUUUUUUUGCUAAUCCUUGCUUGUAUAUGAAACCAUGAAGACCAGAAGAGGCAGCCUAGGAUCAAUACCAAAGUUCCCCCAAUACACAAAAAGCUCCUAGGAUCUUGGCUUUUGCUAUCUUGCUUUCCAUGUCCACCUUCUCUAUCCUAAGAAUUUCAAGCAAAAGGGUCAGUGUUAGCGUAGGAUCUAUUUAUAUAUAAAAGAUGCUCCAUUAAAUUAUUUUUUUAUUAAAAUGUUUACUUUAUUUCUUUUUCA